CUCCAUCAACCCUAACAAGAAACCCCCCCCACUACAACCUCCCGCCAAAAUGAGCUUCCACCUGUCCGCAGAGAACAUCGAAAUCAUCGACAACCACCUCUUGGUCGCCAGGUUGCGCGACGAGGGUGGUGAGUUCCGCGAUGCCAGCAUCGACUUGAACCACUUCCUUGGAAACGACAACGGACGCUUCCAAUGGGAUGGAACCGGUUUCUCCAAUUCCGCGGACGGCGUAUCAUUCCACAUCGAAGGCGGUGGUGAAGUCCCAGUCCUCCGCGCACGGCUGCAGACUGCAGAUGGUGAAUGGGCCGAUGCCGACGUGAACCUCUCCGAGCGCGUUGAGAACAUUAACGGCUGCUUCGAGUUCCGAUGAGGGAAAUGAUUGCGGGAAUUUACGAUUGUCAUGUCUCAAGUCAACGGGCGGAUUUCGAUGACCCAUGACAGCUUCUACUAGUAUGCGGAAAGGACCUUGUUUUUGUACUGAGCUCCCGUGUCUGUAUGUACUUCAUGCUCCUUCGGAGACUCUUAGUGGCUAUCAACUAUUUUACGCUUGUCAUUUGCAAAUGCAUGAGCUUAAUCUGUAGAUGUCAAAUAUAACGAACGCUAUUUAGAGGUGCCCUAAGGCGUAGCUACCUAGUAGCCAA